AUGGAGAAACAUAGAGAAAAAUACAGCAGCAUCAGCGAAAACAACUACAAAGUAAGUAGAGAUCAGCAAGUAAUGAGGUAUGGGAGAACUUUUCUUGGAAGAGGAGAUCCUUCCACAGCUGUGGGGUUCUCAUGGCCUCCAAGAUCUUACACUUGCAGCUUCUGCAAGAGGGAGUUCAGAUCAGCUCAAGCUCUUGGCGGGCACAUGAAUGUUCAUAGAAGGGAUAGAGCUAGACUUAGGCAGUGUUCCCCUCCAUGGGAGCAUCCCUCUCCUUCAAACCCUAACCCUAACAUUAAACCUAACCCUAACCCUAACAAUGUGCCUAACCUUAACAUGCCACCACCUUCUUUAAGUGCUAGAGAUGACAAGCCUUCCUCAGUUCUCUACACAUUCCCUUCCUUGAUUUCUCCCCAUACUUUCCCUCUUUCUUCUAAUUCUUCUUUGUUUGGGGUUAGAGAGUGGAGGAACUUCAUAGAGGAAGGUGGAAGGAAAGAUGGAAGGGUUAUGAGGGAGGAGACAGAGGUGAUGAAGUUGAGCUUGGAUGUGGAAGUUGAUUAUGGAGAUUUGGAUGGUGGAAGCUUGGAUUUGGAGCUUAGACUUGGGUAUACCUAG